AUGGGAGACCUACCUCAACAGCAAGUCAAGAUCAGAGUCAGGCCAUCUGCUGAGCGAGGACACGCCGACCAUGGCUGGCUCAAGACGUUUCACACCUUUAGCUUUGCGAGCUACUACGAUCCCAAGUUCACGAGCUUCGGCCCUCUCCGGGUCAUCAACGAGGACAGAGUGGCUGCGGGCGAAGGGUUUCCUGCCCACUCACACUCCGAGGCGGAGAUUUAUUCCUAUAUCGUCAGUGGCGAGCUGCAACACAAGGAUAGCAUGGGCAACGAAGAAGUCAUGGUCAAGGGUGACGUCCAGAUGACUUCGGCAGGCACGGGCAUCAGGCAUAGCGAGUACAACUACGGCGGCAAGCAGGCCUGUCAUUUCCUGCAGAUCUGGGCAACCCCCAACAAGUCUCGCUUGUCACCCCAUUACUACACGCGACACUUCCCAGACAGCGAGAAGCAGGAUAGAUGGUGUCAGAUCGUAGGACCGAGCAGUGACGAGGGCGUCGUCGAAGCGCGCGAGGCCAAGGGACCUACGCCCAUCCAUGCUGAUCUGGCCACCUAUGUCUCCAUCCUCUCACCGGGCCAAUCGCUCGACUUUAAGCUACGACGAGAAGCCAGGCGCGGCUACGUGCACUAUAUAAGCACGCAAUACACGUCCGAUGCGCCAACAAAGGGCUCUCUGACGCUCUCCAGUGACGCAAGCAAGGCGAGCCUAAAGGAAGGCGACGGCGCCUUUCUCGAAUGCCUCCAGGGUCAAACAGUCACUGUACAGAACAGCGCUCACGAACCGGCUGAAAUACUCUUUUGGGAGAUCUUCGCUUGA